AGAGCACACAGCCACUACUUCAACUGCAUGUGCAAAUUCUGAGUUACAGUCUACAACACAGGAAGAUGAGAAAAUCAUGUCUCAGUCUACCUUACGAAUUGACCCUAAAUGGGAAACUCAUUUGAGGCCCCAAUACAUGGAGGUGGUAAUACUCUUAUGUCCAAGUUGGCAUCACCUUACCUCCAGACUUUAUAGCAAACAUCUUCUCACUGCAUCGGAGGAGGAAGAGUUCAACAAAUUGUCUAAGUCCAAGUCAGAAGAAGAAGUGGCAAAGGAAAUUUUGGGUGUGCUGUGCAAGCAAAGCGUCGGAUCGUUUGAGAAAUUUUGUGAAGUUCUCAGUGAUGUUGGAGAUUCUACUUUAGAUGAUCUGGUCAAGCGACUUCGUCAAGACAGCAUUGAGAACAAUGCGGAGCACACUAAACCAGCAGUCUCGCCCAUUGCUUCAGCUUCAUGUGCACAUUCUGAGUUACAGUCUACAACACAGGAAGAUGAGAAAAUCACGUCUCAAUCGACUUUAGUGGAAAUGAAAGGUGGAGACACACAAACAGACACUGAGAGUGUGACACAGCCAUUAGUGAUGUGUGAGCAUGCAUGGCUCUCACUCAUGUCUCGUGUUGAGCCGUGGUCAGCUAUUCGAAUGAAUUACUCUUUCCUGUCUCGAUGCCUUUGUUUUACCACUGAAUUUCUCGGCUGUCUGUAUGAACGGUUUCUCAUAUCCAAAGACGACUUCGAUGCUCUAAAGAACAACCGUCUCACUCAAGAAGGAAGAGUACAUCUACUUGUCAUUGAUAUUCUUCCCACUAAACCGAUUGUGAUGUUUCCCACAUUCUGCAACAUUCUUCGUGUUGUCGGUCAGUCACAUGUUGCUGACAAGCUGGAAGAGGAUCCUGUGAAAGUUUCUCUCUUUCCACAAGGGACAACAAGGUCACAAGAAACUGUGAGUCUUCAAAGGCAAGUGGAGCUGCUGCUUGUUAAAGUGUCUCAACUAGACAGGGAAAGAAGAGUAGCCGAGGAAAUGGCAAAACAGGAGAGACGACGAGCUGAUGCUGAAAAGAUACGAGCAGAUGCUGCAGAAACACGAGCUUGUAAUGAGAAAACUCGAGCAGAUAGUGCAGAGGCUCGAGCAGAUAGUGCAGAGGCUCGAGCAGAUAGUGCAGAGGCUCGAGCAGAUAGUGCAGAAACACGAGCAGAUGGUGCAGAGGCACGAGUGAAGGAAGUGGAGACAGAAAAGAUGGGAAUUGAAUGGACAAAUUUGUCAUUUCGAUGUUAUCAUCAACGUCCAGAUAAUUACAAGCAGAAUGCAUUACCAACAGGCUGGGAGAUGAGAAGGACUGAUGAAUGGAGAAUCUACUUUGUAGACCACAACACAAGAACAACAACUUUGGAUGAUCCAAGGGAAAGGAAUGUGAAUGUUGGGUGUAAUGAGAGACGAUUUGAUGAGAUGCAGUCACAGCAAGAGAAUGAAUGGGUAGGAACAGCUAUUCAUUGGGCUGCAAUUUACAAUCACGUGACCAUUAUAGAAAAGCUUUUGUCUCUUGGUGUUUCUGUUGAUAUCAAUGAUAAUGAAGGCUGUACACCACUGUGGUUUGCUGCUUGUAAUAGUCGUGUUUCUUGUGUUGACUUUCUUUUAUACCAUGGAGUAAGUCCUCACCAUAAAAGUCAGAAGAGAUCACCACUGGAUGUUGCUAAGCAGCAUGGUCGUAUUGAUGUGGUACAGAUGAUGGAAGAAGCUAUAAAAUCAAAUGAUGAGGAAGUGCGUGUGUGUGACAUUGACCAGAAAGAACAGAUGAUAAGUCAACUGAAACGACAGAUUUUUGCUCAGCAAAGACAAUCAGAUGGUGCACAUUGCAUUGACGUUGUGAAGCCCAGACAUGAGGAAACUAUGGAUGUUCUGUUGUCUGCUCUCUCUACUGCUAGAAUUGCAGCUGAGAAAAUUCAACAAUCAAAUGGUUCUACUGUCUGUCAGGCAUCAGGAUGCGCAGUGGAUCAGGAACGUGUUGAUCAUAUCAUCGGUGCUAUCCAACAAGUGAGCUUUAUCGGAUGGUAUGCUCUUGGAAUAGCUUGUGGACACAGCAGUGAUGAGAUUGAUCAAAUCCACCAACUUGUCCAAGAUGCUUAUAAAAUGCUAAAGCUUUUUAGCAUGAUUUUUGACAUGGCAUCAGGAUGUGCAGCGGAUCAGGAACGUGUUGAUCAUAUCAUUGGUGCUAUCCAACGUGUGACUUCUGCCAGCUCCACUGCCCCCUCUCCACUCCUCGCGCGCCCGUUAAGAGGGGCCGUGCAGAAGACCAUUCUCUAUCCCUACAACAUGGAAUACGUGAUAGCGAUUUGUUGUAGUUCUUUCUCGAGUCAUGUGAUGUCUGCCGCAUUAUUGGCUGUUUUUCUCAAACAAUGGAACAAGGUAGAAAGAUCAAGCCAUCUACAUGUGGUCUUCAGAGGCAGCUUGAUCAGGACGAACACUGUCACACUUUUGUAUUGGUGUCGUGCUUCUUUCGUAUUGACGUGCGUAUUUGCAGCAUUCAGUUUUGUUGUGCAACUACUACAAAUCUAUUGGUCAAAGACACUAGAUUAUUCAAAAAUUUUGUCAAGAGAGAACAUUUGGAGAAUUAUAAUUUCAAUGAUACAAAUGCAACAAAUAUGGCACCACCAAUACGUUAGCAGCUUGGAUUUUAUAUUCCGGCAAGCAGAGUUAUUACCAACACUGCAAGUUGGAAUGAAGUUUAUGUCUUCUGCAAAAGUCAAAGGCGUUUGUGAACUUGACAGCAGCAAACCUAAACAACAGAAAAAUUUUGGUGACUUUCCAACACUUUCCUUUUACAAAGAGAACUUCAGACAUUUGUUACAUGAACUUGGUUAUGACAUUGCAACUGAUGAUCUUGUUAUGUGUCCUAAGCAAACAGCAGUGACAAAGCAACACGACGACUUACAGUCAUGCACAGGACACAGUGAAUGCACUACAGUACACAGUGAAAUUGCUGUAGACCAAAACAGUGCUGGUAACAGCAAAGCAAACAUUCCCACAACUGUAGCUGUAGUCUGCUCUGAUGAAGGAAGUGAUAAACACAGGACUUACAUUGAAGUACAUACUCAGCAACAGAAAUCAGUAAUCCAAACGCGAGUGCAUCAAGAGCUUUUAGUAAACUAUCAACAUGGUAGUGACAGCUAUGAAGGUGCUUACAGAUGUGAUACUGAUCCUUCGGACAAAUCUAUUCCUGUAAAAUCAGUCCCAGGUAGGACAGACACAGUUCGAGAUUGUGUUCCUCCUCUUUCUUUUGGUGGGAUGAACAGCAUGGGAGAUCAUACCCAAAAAUCACUGCAGUCAGAAAGUUCAGGAUAUUCUAGUGAAUCAUCUGCAAACAGAUAUCAAUCGGUGAGGCAAGUUGGUACUGGAGAUUUCUCGUUACCACAACAUCAAGGUUGUAGAAGAGAAUCGAUUGCAGUUGUACACGUUCUAGACGUUGGCGGUAGUAAAUCUCUGAAUGAAAUUUGUCGGCAGUCAUUCAACUUGUUGUUGCCAGAGUUAGAGAAUAGUUACUUGAGACAGCCAUCUCAGUUUCAAGUCACUGUGUCUCAAGUGUUUGGUAUUGUAAAAACAAAAAUGAGUAGUACUGGUAGCAAUCGCAGUGAUACGACUGUUGAAUGGAAUCAGAAAUUAACGGAUGCUGAACCGAAGUUGAAUAUGUUACAUGUUGCAGAAUGUAUGAGUGGCAUACAGAGCCCGCUUUUACUUGUCGUUUCUUCCAAAUUUUUACAAGAAAAUGGUGGUAACCCUGACGUUCUAAACAAUAUAUUACAAGAAUGGACGAAUGGCUUAAAGCAGCUAGAUUUACACGUAGUAAUUGCAGAUGAGACAAGUGGAGACCUAAGAGGUGAUGAAAAUGAGGCCAAUGCAAUUACAAAGCUGCUUGCAACGUGCUUGAAAAUGUACAGGUACAAGUUGUGGUACUGGAAGGCGUCACAACACACUUUCUUGACAAAGCUGAGCUGCAAGAAUGAAAACGUUUUCUCUGCAUUAAAAUUCUCUGCAAUCGAUUGUGCAAAAGACGAUACCCUAUUGUUGCAAAAUUUUGAGAAAAUUAUCUUUGAGGCAAAGCAGGCAGGUGCACGCACUUUGUCUUUACAAACGGUUGUUGAGCGUCUUGGUAGCUCAAUGAUAGACAAACACAGUUUGUCACAAUUGAUCAAUCAAUUGGAACACAAAGGUCUUAUUUUGAGACGAUCAUUUGUGAGGUCAGGGUUGUCUACAGGAAGUGGACACAUAAUGAGCACCUCUAAGCACUUCAUUGAUGGUUUUCCUCAGAUAUUGAUAAUUAGUCCGAUGUGGUUUUGUAGCAAUGUAAGCCAAUUUAUUCAAGCAGUUUGUGAUCAACGCAACAAAGAAGAUGAGCAUCUCGUACCAUCUGCUCACAAUAGUGGUUUCUUCAGCGAAGAAAUUUUAAAGCUAGCCAACCGAUCUUUUCCUGGCUGUAUGCCUCAAGAAGUCAAGAAAUUACUUGAAUUAUCAGGCGUUAUUUUUAAUAUCGCCAAUUCUUUAUCUGGCAGUGAAAUCAAUCCUUCAGAAGUCUAUGUUGCAAAGUUGAAAUCUCCGUCUACAAGUACUCCAAAUUAUCGCUCUUCUUAUCUUAUUCCAGGCACUUUACGAGUUGAAAGUUUGCCUCUAGUAAGUGGUCAAGCUGUCUUUCCCAUAGUUUUGAGAGUUCCAGGGAUCCGCCGUACAGAUAUUCCAUUGACUGUUUUCUAUGAAGUUGUUUCGAUGCUCACAAAACGUUUUCCAUUGGCUGUCAAGUGUACACGAUAUGAGGCCAGGUUCAACGUCCAGCCAAAUCAUGUUCUGCAGCUUGUCUACAAGAGAAAUUACGCUUGCAUCAUGGCCGGCGUAUAUGUAGAAACUCAAGAUCCAACAUUCAUGUCAACAGCUACUGCUGUAGUGUGCGUGAGUAUUAGAGAUUUGCUUAGUUUUUACAUUAAGCAACAGUUAGAUGGGACAGUAAGCCUUCAGUUUGCAGCAGUCACCGAAUUUAAUUGUGAUGAUCAAGUUGUACUUGAUUUUGUUGACUUGGGCACUGCUAACGUGACGCCAACUGAUCAACUGUACUCAGUUGGAAACCAUCCCUUCUAUCCACCAGACAAUUUCUAUCUGUGGUUUGGCAGUGUAGGAAAGCCUACAUUUAUUCGAAAGCAUUUUGAUGAAUUACUAGUACAAUUGAAUGAUUCUUCAAUCGACAUUGUCCGAGCUGCAGUUUCUCUAUUUAAAAGAUGGGAAGUUGCACAAGCCGAGAUGGAAAAGCUAGUGCUUUGUGAUCCUUCUUCUAGAGCCUUUGUGUUCCUUUUAAUGCUUCAGAAACGGGGUGAAAGAGGAUUCCGCAUGCUCAAGGGUAUCUUAGAAGAUCCCUCACUGAGAGGGACACAUGAUGUCCAACUGCCUCAUCAGAAAGAACAAACUUCUGAGGGAUUGUAUUCCAAAUUAGAUUCUAGAUCACUUCAAAUUACAAAAGUUGAAGAACCAAAGAGCUUGUCAGCACAACUGUCUGAUGAAGUAGAAAGAGAUGGUCUGCCACAGAUCAAUGGUUCUGCCAGUCCUUCAGUUGCAAAUCAAGUGAAGACUGCAAGACCACGACAUCAGAAUCCUCCGGUUAGGUCAGCCAAUCAAAACACUAAAGGUUUGGGGCAAGACUUUUCGCAACACGAUUCUGAGAAUAAGGAGCCUGAACAGAUGAUAUCUCGAGGACAAGAUCAUUCAAAUGAUAGUCGUGUAAUGGUGAAAUCUAGUAGCUCAGUUAACGUUGCAAACGGUUCAACUAGGGUAACUUCAGAUCAAAUAAUUACUGUGUCUUCGAAUGGUUCUGAAGAAGUUGAAGUAUCUUCUUCUUUGGAAAUCAAAGUAACUCAACAAGAGAAAGAAGAACCAAAGGUUAAUCCAAUGUUUGAAUGUAAAUUUCGACACAUUCAAGAGGCGACAGGGCACUUUGAUGACAAGCCUCUUUAUGAAGGAGGGAAACGCUUGGCAUACGGCCAGUUUAGUACUGUUUACUUUGGAGUCUUGCACUCUGAACAAGCGCAUAAGUUUGAGGUUGCUAUUAAAAAGCUAAGAAAUGCGUCGAGUCUGAAUAGUAAGCAAUUGGAGUUAAGUCGCCUCAAAUUCGACACAGAAAUAAACAUUCUGACAAGGUACAUCCAUCCAAACAUAGUCAAACUACUAGGCUUCUCAAGUGAUGGGCCACAGCUGUGUCUCCUGUAUGAGUACAUGUCAGGAGGAUCACUCUCACAAAGGCUGGAUUGCAAGCAUAACUCUGCUCCCCUUGAAUGGCGUCACAGACUGACGAUUGGUCAAGACAUUGGACUGGCAUUGGAGUUCUUACACACAAGAUACCGUCGACCUGUUAUACAUCGUGAUGUCAAGUCUUCUAACAUUUUGUUGGGACCGAAACUGGAGGCUAAGCUAAUUGACUUUGGUUUAUCAAUUUUUGGUGAAGACCAACAAGAAGCUAGUAACAGGUCACGAUUAGGGACUGUCCCUUACUUGCCACCUGAGACAUUAUCCACGGGCAUUGUGUCGUGUAAGACUGAUGUGUAUGCGCUAGGAAUGGUGCUAUUGGAGUUGGCGACAGGACUGCCGCCGUACUCAAAGAAGAAAGCACAAGAUUUGAGGCAGUAUAUUAGUUACAUCGAAGGACAGAACGUCAAGCUGGUGAACAUGCUUGAUCCGAAAGCCAAGUGGCCAAAAGGACGGGAAAGCUAUCCUUUCGGUCUAACACUACUUGAUAUAGCCAAGUCGGCUACAACAGUCGAUUACAAACAGAGACCUGAAAUCUCAUCUAUUUUAGUGCAAUUGCAAGAGCUAGCUGAUUGUGUGGAGUCACAGUAGAGCAAAUUUUGCCACUUUAAAUUACUGUUAUUGCUUGCUGACAUUUUGUUAGAACUUUUUAAUUGAAAUUUGUAGUUGCAUGCAAACUUAUCUAAAUGUGCGCAAUUAUGUGUAGCCAAUGUAUGUCCAUUCUUGCUGUAGGAUGUUUGACUGUAGGAUGUCUUUAUCAAUUAUUCUUGUCAUUUGUGACUAGUAAUGAUUCAGAAA